AUGGCGACCCACAUCUCAGAGAAGGUGUACAACUACUGCACCGACCGCGCCUCCGUGUCCGCCGCGUACGCCCGCGCGCCCGACACCCCGCCGGGGAAGAUCGCAGCGACGCUCUACGGGCCUGGUGGUGCGACGGGCGACAGGAAUGUGUCGGUGCUCGAGCCCAAGGCGUCCAAGGACCGCGCGCCCGCGACGCCCGAGGACCUCGAGCGCGCGUACCAGUGCGGCAGAUUUGGGGACACGCGGCCCAGCGAGCUGUUCCUCCGCGCGUACCACGAUGCGCUGCUGACGCUGGAGCACGAUCCGUUGAUGGGGUGUGUGAGCCCGAGUUUGAUGGGCAGCAGGGGGUGUCUUCCGUUGAGUAUUGUGGGGAGCAUUGUGGAUGUUUGUCGGCAUAUGAGUAAUUUGAUUGCAAGGGCGGAGAGAGAGGUGUUUCUGGCCACGAACUUUUGGUUGAGCUCGGAGAGUUCGUUGCUCAUUUGUGAUGCGGUUAGGGAGUUGAGUCGGAGGGCGGGGGGGAGGGGGGUUAAGGCGGUGGUGAAGAUUAUCUAUGAUCGGGGGCAUAUUAAACAGUUGGUAGACAACCACACCCUAGUACCAGAAGAGUCGUAUAGCAGCAAGGCGGUCAAUAUGCCGCAUCCGCUAGAGAUCCCAAACGUCGACUUGCAGGUCAUGAACUACCAUCGGCCCAUGUUGGGAACUUUCCACUCCAAGUUCAUGGUCGUAGAUCGGAAGAUUGCAAUCAUCAGCUCGAACAAUAUCCAGAGUAACGACAAUUGCGAGAUGGCCACGCACUUGGAAGGGCCGAUUGUCGACUCGUUCUACGAUCUUUGCUUGAUUUCGUGGGAUAAGAAGCUAGACCCGCCGUUACCACUGCACAAUAAGCCGAAUACCGAGGGAGAGUAUCCGACGUUCCAAUUGGAGAGCUUCUUGAGUUUGUUCGAUUCAGAAGGUAAGGUUCGCACGGCGAAUGGAAACGUCAACGUGCGGAAGUCAGAUGGCACCGAGACUCAGAAUAUAGAGCGAGAAAAGACACAUACGGGUCCUGAUCCGCACUGGGACGAUUCCAUUGCGGAUGAGAUCGCGCGAGUACAGUCUGGGUUGUCAGUACGAGGUAAUGAGAAGAAGAUGGAUCGCGUAGCGAUACAUCUGAACGAAGCCACCCACCUAGACCUGAAAGCGACAGCUCCCGAGUGCGAUCCGGCAGAAGACAUGACACCGCUGAUACCACACGCACCUCACGAGCCGUUCCCGAUCGCUCUAGUAAACAGGAAACCAUGGGGCGCUCCAAAUCACGCCUGCGUAAACACUCCGCAAAACGAAGCCUGGCUAUCAUGUAUCCGGAACGCCAAAUCCAGCGUCUUCAUCCAGACACCCAAUCUCAACGCCGAGCCGCUCCUCCCAGAGCUCCUAGCCGCAUGCCGGAGAGGCAUAACCGUGGUAUACUACGUCUGUCUCGGCUACAACGACGCUGGCGAGCUUCUGCCCUUCCAAGGCGGGACGAACGAGAUGGUUUCUAGCAAGCUCUAUGCGGGCCUCGAGAAAGACGAGAGGAAAAACUUGCAUGUUCAUUUCUAUGUUGGUAAAGACCAGACGAAACCGAUUCAUAAUAAGUUCAAGAAGCGGAGUUGUCAUAUCAAGCUGAUGGUUGUGGACGAGUACGUCGGCAUCCAAGGCAACGGCAACCAGGACACGCAAUCCUGGUAUCAUUCGCAAGAAGCGAAUAUCAUGAUCGACUCCCCGACGAUCUGCAAAGCGUGGCUCGAUGGCAUUCGGAGGAACCAGAAUACGCAUCUCUACGGCGCGGUGUCGCAAGAGGAUGGUGUGUGGAGAGAUGAGAAUGGCAAGGAGGCGGAGGGCGCUAUUGGCAAGAACCCUGGGAAGUUUGCAUGGGCGACGGGUAUUGUGGGGGCGAUUGAGAGGGUCAGGGGAGCUGGAGGGUUUUGAGAUGGUUAUGGGAAAGAUAUCCGGGGGUGUUCUUCUAGGAGUUAUUUGCUAGAAAUGAUUGAAAAUGGCUGGGCUCUGCGAAUGGAAUUCACGAGAUACUAGCCUUUCAUGCUUCAAACCUCAACUUCGGCGCAAAUAUUGCCUCUUAGAGCUAAAAGACGAUCUUGAAGCAUAGAUAUCGAUCAUUAAAUUUCC